AAGCCGCUCGUCUUACCCGGAGGUGUUUACCUCCCUGGGCUCGCUACAGGAAGUCGUAGCUCUGUUUAUGCUCGUUUAGACCGAUAUGCAGUUUGUGGUUUAGAGCUAGCAUUGAUCCGCCGGGUGAGUUAUUCAAUACAUUCGGGCGUAGCUUGUUACCUAUUUGUCCUGGAAAUGUCCUUGUUUAGUCUCUCUGCUAAAUGCACGUGUCGUGCGGUGUCAAUGAAAAGCCAUCGGCCUUCAUUUAACCUGUUAACAAACGAUGGAUACUCGGUAACAAAGGUGGAGAACCUCCACAGAAGAAACCGCUGCCUGCAGAGCCACAUCACACGUGUAACGCGUCUGUUGAGCUCUGAACCACAUCACUCCAAGGUACCAAAGGUUGCUACAUGGGAACUAAUACCAGAGGAUCAGCUUCCCCCGCCUGCCCAUCUCCCGGCUGAUCUGGUGGACCAACUGGAGCGACUGGCCUUGGUUGAUUUCCCCACCAAACAGGGACUGGCCUGUUUGGAGAAAGCGAUACGAUUUGCAGAUCAGCUUCAUGUUGUUGACACAUCAGGGGUUGAACCAAUGGAUUCAGUUCUGGAGGACAGAGCAUUACAGCUGAGGCACGAUGCCGUGAUAGAGGGGGGCUGCGCUGAAGAACUGCUUCAGCUCUCCAAAAACACAGUCGAAGAAUAUUUUGUGGCACCACCAGGAAAUAUCCCUCUUCCGAGGAGGGAGGAGAGGGCCACCAUGAUGAAACACUCAGAAUUAUGACGUUUAUAACAUAUUCGUGUAAAAUAAAUACUGCUUUAUUUUUGUUCUUUUUCAGUUUCAUUUGACAGAUGCAGUAUUGAUACGUCUUGUUUUAGUUUCAGUAUCAUUGUUUUAAAAGUGUGCGCAGUGUGUUGACAACCUUUUGAUAUGAGGGGAUUCCCUGCAAUGGCAGUACAUUGUUUUAAUUUAUUAUUUACAUUGUGAUCUUGAGAGUGUGUCCAGUUUUCUUUCUAGCUUUGUUUCACUUAAAUAAAAAAUAAAUUCCUA